CUCGCCGCCUCCCCGCCCCGCCGGCCGGCCGCCCCCUCCUCCGCCUCUCUCCCCUCCCCCCCGCCGGUCGGGAUCAGUCAGUGCGAUCCGAAGCGGGGGAGGGGGGGGCGGCGGCCGAACGAUGUGUGAGAACUGCGCAGACCUGGUGGAGGUGUUAAAUGAAAUAUCUGAUAUAGAAGGUGGUGAUGGACUGCAGCUCAGAAAGGAACAUACUCUCAAAAUAUUUGCUUAUAUCAAUUCCUGGACACAGAGGCAAUGUCUGUGCUGCUUCAAGGAAUAUAAGCAUUUGGAGAUUUUUAACCAAGUAGUGUGUGCACUUAUUAACUUAGUGAUUGCCCAGGUUCAAGUGCUCCGGGACCAGCUUUGCAAACAUUGUACUACUAUUAACAUAGAUUCCACGUGGCAAGACGAAAGUAAUCACGCGGAAGAACCACUGAGUAUAGAAAGAGAGUGUAAUGAAGGAAGUACAGAGAGGCAAAAGUCAGUAGAAAAAAAAUCAAACUCUGCAAGAAUUUGUAAUCUGACUGAGGAGGAAUCUUCAAAGAGUUCUGAUUUGUUUAGUUUAUGGACUACAGAAGAGAAGGAAAAACUCUUACUGUGUGUGGCAAAAAUUUUUCAAAUUCAGUUUCCUUUAUAUACUGCUUAUAAGCAUAAUACUCACCCUACUAUAGAGGACAUAUCAACCCAAGAAAGCAACAUAUUAGGGGCGUUCUGUGAUAUGAAUGAUGUAGAAGUACCAUUGCAUUUGCUUCGUUAUGUAUGUUUGUUUUGUGGGAAAAAUGGCCUUUCUCUCAUGAAGGAUUGUUUUGAAUUUGGAACUCCUGAAACUUUGCCAUUUCUUAUAGCACAUGCAUUUAUUACAGUUGUAUCUAAUAUUAGAAUAUGGCUACAUAUCCCUGCUGUCAUGCAGCACAUUAUCCCUUUUAGAACCUAUGUUAUCAGGUACUUAUGCAAGCUCUCUGAUCAAGAGUUAAGACAGAGUGCGGCUCGUAACAUGGCUGACUUAAUGUGGAGCACAGUGAAAGAACCAUUGGAUACAACUUUAUGCUUUGAUAAAGAAAGCCUAGAUCUUGCUUUUAAGUACUUUAUGUCACCUACUUUGACUAUGAGGUUGACUGGACUAAGUCAGAUAACGAAUCAACUUCACACCUUCAAUGAUGUGUGCAAUAAUGAAUCAUUGGUAUCAGACACAGAAACGUCCAUUGCAAAAGAACUUGCAGACUGGCUUAUAAGCAACAAUGUGGUAGAGCAUAUAUUUGGACCAAAUUUACAUAUUGAGAUUAUCAAACAGUGCCAGGUGAUUUUGAAUUUUUUGGCAGCAGAAGGACGACUGAGCACUCAGCAUAUUGACUGCAUUUGGGCUGCAGCACAGUUGAAACAUUGUAGUCGGUAUAUACAUGAUUUAUUUCCUUCACUUAUCAAGAAUUUGGAUCCAGUACCACUUAGACAUCUCCUUAAUUUGGUUUCAGCUCUUGAGCCAAGUGUCCAUACUGAACAGACAUUGUACUUGGCAUCAAUGUUAAUUAAAGCAUUAUGGAAUAAUGCACUGGCAGCUAAAGCUCAGCUAUCAAAACAGAGUUCUUUUGCAUCUUUAUUAAAUACUAAUCUUCCCAUUGGAAAUAAGAAAGAGGAAGAAGAGCUCAGAAGAGCAGUUCCAUCACCUUGGUCACCUGCAGCUAGUCCUCAAAGCAGUGAUAACAGUGAUACCCAUCAAAGUGGAGGCAGUGACAUUGAAAUGGAUGAGCAACUUAUUAAUAGAACCAAACAUGUGCAACAGCGACUUUCAGACACAGAGGAGUCCAUGCAGGGAAGUUCUGAUGAAACUGCCAACAGUGGUGAAGAUGGAAGCAGUGGUCCUGGUAGCAGUAGUGGGCAUAGUGAUGGAUCUAGCAAUGAGGUGAAUUCUAGCCAUGCAAGCCAGUCAGCUGGGAGCCCUGGCAGUGAGGUACAGUCAGAAGACAUUGCAGAUAUUGAAGCCCUUAAAGAAGAAGAUGAAGAUGAUGAUCGUGGUCAUAAUCCUCCUAAAAACAGUUGUGGUACAGAUCCUCGGAACAGGAAGUUAGAAAGUCAAGCAGGCAUUUGCUUAGGGGAUUCCCAAGGCCCAUCAGAAAGAAGUGGGACAAGCAGUGGAACAGGAAAGGACCUGGUUUUUAACACUGAAUCAAUGCCAUCUGUAGAUAAUCGAAUACGAAUGCUAGAUGCCUGUUCACACUCUGAAGAUCCAGAACAUGAUAUUUCAGGGGAAAUGAAUGCUGCUCAUAUAGCACAAGCAUCUCAGGAAUCUUGUAUUACACGCACUGGGGACUUUCUUGGGGAGACUAUUGGGAAUGAAUUAUUUAAUUGUCGGCAGUUUAUUGGUCCACAGCAUCACCACCACCACCACCACCACCACCACCACCACCACCAUGAUGGGCAUAUGGUUGAUGAUAUGCUAAGUGCAGAUGAUGUCAGUUGCAGUAGCUCCCAGGUCAGUGCAAAAUCAGAAAAAAAUAUGGCUGAUUUUGAUGGUGAAGAAUCUGGGUGUGAAGAGGAGCUAGUUCAGAUUAAUUCACAUGCAGAGCUAACAUCUCAUCUCCAACAACAUCUUCCCAAUUUAGCAUCUAUUUACCAUGAACAUCUUAGUCAAGGACCUGCAGUUCAUAAACAUCAAUUCAACAGUAAUGCUGUGACAGAUAUUAAUUUGGAUAAUGUUUGCAAGAAAGGAAACACUUUGUUGUGGGAUAUAGUCCAAGAUGAUGAUGCAGUUAAUCUUUCUGAAGGAUUAAUAAAUGAAGCAGAAAAACUUCUCUGUUCCUUAGUAUGUUGGUUUACGGAUAGACAGAUUCGAAUGAGAUUCAUUGAAGGUUGCCUUGAAAAUUUAGGAAACAACAGAUCAGUAGUAAUUUCACUUCGUCUUCUUCCAAAACUAUUUGGUACUUUUCAGCAGUUUGGGAGCAGUUAUGAUACACAUUGGAUUACAAUGUGGGCAGAAAAAGAACUUAACAUGAUGAAGCUUUUCUUUGAUAAUUUAGUCUACUACAUUCAAGCUGUAAGAGAAGGAAGACAAAAACAUGCACUGUACAGCCAUAGUGCCGAAGUUCAAGUUCGACUUCAGUUCUUGACUUGUGUGUUUUCAACUCUGGGAUCACCUGAUCAUUUCAGGUUAAGUUUAGAGCAAGUUGACAUUUUAUGGCAUUGUUUAGUAGAAGAUUCAGAGUGUUAUGAUGAUGCACUUCAUUGGUUUUUGAAUCAAGUUCGAAGUAAAGAUCAGCAUGCUAUGGGAAUGGAAACCUAUAAACAUCUUUUCCUGGAGAAGAUGCCCCAGCUAAAACCUGAAACAAUUAGCAUGACUGGCUUAAACCUAUUUCAACAUCUCUGUAACUUGGCUCGAUUGGCUACCAGUGCCUAUGAUGGUGGCUCAAACUCUGAGCUUUGUGGUAUGGACCAAUUUUGGGGCAUUGCUUUAAGAGCACAAUCUGGUGAUGUCAGUCGUGCAGCUAUCCAGUAUAUUAAUUCCUAUUAUAUUAAUGGUAAAACGGGUUUGGAGAAGGAACAAGAAUUUAUUAGUAAAUGUAUGGAGAGUCUAAUGAUAGCUUCUAGCAGUCUUGAACAGGAAUCACACUCCAGUCUCACUGUAAUAGAAAGAGGACUCCUUAUGCUGAAGACACAUCUGGAAGCAUUUAGGAGAAGGUUUGCCUAUCACCUCAGACAGUGGCAAAUUGAAGGCACUGGUAUUAGUAGUCAUUUGAAAGCACUGAGUGACAAACAGUCCCUUCCUCUAAGGGUUGUAUGCCAGCCAGCUGGACUUCCUGACAAGAUGACUAUUGAAAUGUAUCCUAGUGACCAGGUAGCAGAUCUUAGGGCUGAAGUAACUCAUUGGUAUGAAAAUUUACAGAAAGAACAAAUAAAUCAACAAGCUCAGCUUCAGGAGUUUGGUCAAAGCAGCCGAAAGGGAGAGUUUCCUGGAGGCCUCAUGGGACCUGUCAGGAUGAUUUCAUCUGGACAUGAAUUAACAACAGAUUAUGAUGAAAAAGCACUUCAUGAGCUUGGUUUUAAGGAUAUGCAGAUGGUAUUUGUAUCUUUGGGUGCACCAAGGAGAGAACGGAAAGGGGAAGGUGUUCAACUGCCAGCAUCUUGCCUACCACCCCCUCAGAAGGAUAACAUUCCGAUGCUUUUGCUUUUACAAGAACCUCAUUUAACUACUCUUUUUGAUUUAUUAGAGAUGCUUGCAUCAUUUAAACCACCCUCAGGAAAAGUGGUAGUGGAAGACAGUGAGCGUUUAAGAUGUGAAGAACUUCAUCUUCAUGCAGAAAACCUCUCUAGGCGUGUAUGGGAGCUACUGAUGCUUCUUCCUACAUGUCCUAACAUGCUGAUGGCAUUCCAGAAUAUUUCAGAUGAACAGGGUAAUGAUGGACUUAAUUGGAAAGAACUUCUCAAAAUUAAGAGUGCUCACAAGCUGUUAUAUGCCCUAGAAAUUAUUGAAGCACUGGGAAAACCUAACAGAAGAAUAAGGAGAGAGUCAACGGGAAGUUACAGUGAUCUUUAUCCAGAUUCAGAUGAUUCAAGUGAGGAUCAAGUGGAAAAUAGUAAAAAUUCCUGGAGUUGCAAGUUUGUUGCUGCUGGAGGCCUUCAGCAGCUGCUGGAGAUUUUUAAUUCUGGAAUUCUGGAGCCCAAAGAGCAAGAAUCCUGGACUGUGGUGAGAAUUUAUAAUUUAAACCAAUUAGUAUUUCUUGUUCUUGUGCAAGGAACCAGUUUGAUUCAGCGACUUAUGUCUGUUGCUUAUACAUAUGAUAAUCUGGCUCCUAGAGUUUUGAAAGCUCAGUCUGAUCACAGGUCUAGACAUGAAGUUUCACAUUAUUCAAUGUGGCUCUUGGUGAGUUGGGCUCAUUGCUGUUCGAUAGUGAAAUCUAGCCUUGCUGACAGUGAUCAUUUACAAGACUGGCUAAAGAAAUUGACCCUCCUUAUUCCUGAGACUGCAGUCCGUCAUGAGUCUUGCAAUGGUCUUUAUAAGUUAUCUCUGUCAGGGCUGGAUGGAGGAGACUCAAUCAAUCGCUCUUUUCUGCUGUUGGCUGCCUCAACAUUGUUGAAAUUUCUUCCUGAUGCUCAAGCACUAAAACCUAUCAGGAUAGAUGAUUAUGAGGAAGAACCAAUGUUAAAACCUGGAUGUAAGGAGUAUUUUUGGUUGUUGUGCAAAUUAGUUGACAACAUACAUAUAAAGGACGCUAGCCAGACAACACUCCUCGAUCUAGAUGCAUUGGCACGACAUUUGGCUGAUUGUAUUCGAAGCAGGGAGAUCCUUGAUCAUCAAGAUGGUAAUAUUGAAGAUGAUGGGCUUACAGGACUCCUAAGGCUUGCAACAAGUGUUAUUAAACACAAACCACCCUUUAAGUUUUCAAGGGAAGGACAGGAAUUUUUAAGAGAUAUCUUCAAUCUUCUGUUUUUGUUGCCUAGUCUGAAAGAUAGACAACAGCCAAAGUGCAAGUCACAUUCUUCAAGAGCUGCUGCUUAUGAUCUGUUAGUAGAAAUGGUAAAGGGAUCUGUUGAGAACUACAGGCUAAUACACAAUUGGGUUAUGGCACAACACAUGCAGUCUCAUGCACCUUACAAAUGGGACUACUGGCCUCAUGAAGAUGUCCGUGCUGAAUGUAGAUUUGUUGGCCUUACUAACCUUGGAGCUACUUGUUACUUGGCUUCCACAAUUCAGCAACUUUAUAUGAUACCUGAGGCAAGACAGGCUGUCUUCACUGCUAAGUAUUCAGAAGAUAUGAAGCACAAGACCACUCUUCUGGAGCUUCAAAAAAUGUUUACAUAUUUAAUGGAGAGUGAAUGUAAAGCAUAUAAUCCUAGACCCUUUUGUAAGACCUACACCAUGGAUAAGCAGCCUCUGAAUACUGGGGAGCAGAAAGAUAUGACAGAGUUUUUUACUGAUCUGAUUACCAAAAUUGAAGAAAUGUCUCCAGAACUGAAAAAUACCGUCAAAAGUUUGUUUGGAGGUGUAAUUACAAACAAUGUUGUGUCCUUGGAUUGUGAACACGUUAGUCAGACCGCUGAAGAGUUUUAUACUGUGAGGUGCCAGGUGGCUGACAUGAAGAACAUUUAUGAAUCUCUUGAUGAAGUUACCAUUAAAGACACUUUAGAAGGAGACAACAUGUAUACUUGCUCUCAUUGUGGGAAGAAAGUACGAGCUGAAAAAAGAGCAUGUUUUAAGAAAUUGCCUCGCAUUCUGAGUUUCAAUACGAUGAGAUAUACAUUUAAUAUGGUCACGAUGAUGAAAGAGAAAGUGAACACACACUUUUCCUUUCCACUGCGUUUGGAUAUGACACCUUAUACGGAAGAUUUUCUUAUGGGAAAGAGUGACAGAAAAGAAGGUUUUAAGGAAGUCAGUGAUCAUUCAAAAGACACAGAGAGCUAUGAGUAUGACUUAAUAGGAGUGACUGUUCAUACAGGAACAGCAGAUGGUGGGCACUAUUACAGCUUCAUCAGAGAUAUAGUCAAUCCACAUGCUUAUAAAAACAAUAAAUGGUAUCUUUUUAAUGAUGCUGAGGUGAAACCUUUUGAUUCUGCUCAACUGGCUUCUGAAUGUUUUGGUGGAGAGAUGACAACCAAGACUUAUGAUUCUGUUACAGAUAAAUUUAUGGAUUUCUCCUUUGAAAAGACACACAGUGCAUAUAUGCUGUUUUACAAGCGCAUGGAACCAGAGGAAGAAAAUGGCAACGAAUACAAAUUUGAUGUUUCAUCAGAGUUACUAGAGUGGAUUUGGCAUGAUAACAUGCAGUUUCUCCAAGACAAAAAUAUUUUUGAACAUACAUAUUUUGGGUUUAUGUGGCAGUUGUGUAGCUGUAUUCCCAGUACUUUACCAGAUCCUAAAGCUGUGUCCCUAAUGACAGCAAAGUUAAGCACUUCCUUUGUCCUAGAGACAUUUAUUCAUUCAAAAGAAAAGCCCACAAUGCUUCAGUGGAUUGAACUGUUAACCAAACAGUUUAAUAACAGUCAAGCAGCUUGUGAGUGGUUUUUAGACCGCAUGGCUGAUGAUGACUGGUGGCCAAUGCAGAUACUGAUUAAGUGCCCUAAUCAAAUUGUAAGACAGAUGUUUCAGCGUUUGUGCAUCCAUGUGAUUCAGAGACUUAGACCUGUGCAUGCUCAUCUCUAUCUACAGCCAGGAAUGGAAGAUGGGUCAGAUGAUAUGGAUGCCUCAGUAGAAGACAUUGGUGGUCGUUCAUGUGUCACUCGAUUUGUGAGAACUCUGUUAUUAAUUAUGGAACAUGGUGUAAAACCUCACAGUAAACAUCUUACAGAGUAUUUUGCCUUUCUUUACGAAUUUGCGAAAAUGGGUGAAGAAGAGAGCCAGUUUUUGCUUUCAUUGCAAGCCAUAUCUACAAUGGUACAUUUUUACAUGGGAACCAAAGGGCCUGAAAAUCCUCAAGUUGAAGUAUUGUCAGAGGAAGAAGGGGAAGAAGAGGAGGAGGAAGAAGAUAUCCUUUCCCUGGCAGAAGAAAAAUACAGGCCAGCUGCCCUUGAAAAAAUGAUAGCUUUAGUUGCUCUUUUGGUUGAACAGUCUCGCUCAGAAAGGCAUUUGACAUUAUCACAGACUGACAUGGCCGCAUUAACAGGAGGAAAGGGAUUUCCCUUCUUGUUUCAACACAUUCGUGAUGGCAUCAAUAUAAGACAAACUUGUAAUCUGAUUUUCAGUCUAUGUCGAUACAAUAAUCGACUUGCGGAACAUAUUGUAUCCAUGCUUUUCACAUCAAUAGCUAAGUUGACUCCUGAGGCAGCCAAUCCUUUCUUUAAGUUGUUGACUAUGCUAAUGGAGUUCGCUGGUGGACCUCCAGGAAUGCCUCCCUUUGCAUCUUAUAUUCUACAGAGGAUAUGGGAGGUAAUUGAAUACAAUCCUUCUCAGUGUCUGGAUUGGUUGGCAGUGCAGACACCCCGAAAUAAACUGGCACACAGCUGGGUCCUACAGAAUAUGGAAAACUGGGUCGAGCGGUUUCUUUUGGCUCACAAUUAUCCUAGAGUCAGGACUUCUGCAGCUUAUCUUCUGGUAUCCCUUAUACCAAGCAAUUCAUUCCGCCAGAUGUUCCGGUCAACAAGGUCUUUGCACAUCCCAACCCGUGACCUUCCACUCAGCCCAGACACAACAGUAGUCCUACAUCAGGUCUACAACGUGCUCCUUGGUUUGCUCUCAAGAGCCAAACUUUAUGUUGAUGCUGCUGUUCAUGGCACUACAAAGCUAGUGCCCUAUUUUAGCUUUAUGACUUACUGUUUAAUAUCCAAAACUGAGAAGCUGAUGUUUUCCACUUAUUUCAUGGAUUUGUGGAACCUUUUCCAGCCUAAACUUUCUGAGCCAGCAAUAGCUACAAAUCACAAUAAACAGGCUUUGCUUUCAUUUUGGUACAAUGUGUGUGCUGACUGUCCAGAGAAUAUCCGCCUUAUUGUUCAAAACCCAGUGGUAACCAAGAACAUUGCCUUCAAUUACAUCCUUGCUGACCAUGAUGAUCAGGAUGUGGUGCUUUUUAACCGUGGGAUGCUGCCUGCCUACUACGGCAUCCUGAGGCUCUGCUGUGAGCAGUCUCCCGCGUUCACACGACAACUGGCUUCUCACCAGAACAUCCAGUGGGCCUUUAAGAAUCUUACACCACAUGCCAGCCAAUACCCUGGAGCAGUGGAAGAACUAUUUAACCUGAUGCAGCUAUUUAUAGCUCAGAGGCCAGAUAUGAGGGAAGAAGAAUUAGAAGAUAUUAAGCAGUUUAAGAAAACAACUAUAAGUUGUUACUUACGUUGUUUAGAUGGCCGCUCCUGCUGGACUACUUUAAUAAGUGCCUUCAGAAUACUAUUAGAAUCUGAUGAAGAUAGACUUCUUGUUGUAUUUAAUCGAGGGUUGGUCCUGAUGACUGAGUCUUUCAACACACUGCACAUGAUGUAUCAUGAAGCCACAGCUUGCCAUGUGACUGGAGACUUAGUAGAACUUCUAUCAAUAUUUCUUUCAGUUUUGAAGUCUACACGCCCAUAUCUUCAGAGAAAAGAUGUGAAACAAGCAUUAAUUCAGUGGCAGGAGCGAAUUGAAUUUGCUCAUAAACUGUUAACUCUUCUGAAUUCCUAUAGCCCUCCAGAACUUAGAAAUGCCUGUAUAGAUGUCCUCAAAGAACUUGUGCUUUUGAGUCCCCAUGACUUUCUUCACACUCUGGUUCCAUUUCUGCAACACAACCAUUGUACUUACCAUCACAGUAAUAUACCAAUGUCUCUUGGACCUUAUUUCCCUUGUCGAGAAAAUAUCAAGCUAAUAGGAGGGAAAAGCAAUAUUCGGCCUCCGCGCCCUGAACUCAAUAUGUGCCUCUUGCCCACAAUGGUGGAAACCAGUAAGGGCAAAGAUGACGUUUAUGAUCGUAUGCUGCUAGACUACUUCUUUUCUUAUCAUCAAUUCAUCCAUCUAUUAUGCCGAGUUGCAAUCAACUGUGAAAAAUUUACUGAAACAUUAGUUAAGCUGAGUGUCCUAGUUGCCUAUGAAGGUUUGCCACUUCAUCUUGCACUGUUCCCCAAACUUUGGACUGAGCUAUGCCAGACUCAGUCUGCGAUGUCAAAAAACUGCAUCAAGCUUUUGUGUGAAGAUCCUGUGUUUGCAGAAUAUAUAAAAUGUAUCCUAAUGGACGAAAGAACCUUUCUAAACAACAACAUUGUCUACACAUUCAUGACACAUUUUCUUCUAAAGGUUCAAGGUCAAGUGUUUUCUGAAGCAAACUGUGCCAAUUUGAUCAGCACCCUUAUUACAAACUUGAUAAAUCAGUAUCAGAAUCUGCAAUCUGAUUUCACCAACAGAGUUGAAAUUUCCAAAGCAAGUGCUUCUUUAAAUGGGGACCUGAGGGCACUUGCGUUGCUCCUGUCAGUACACACUCCCAAACAGUUAAACCCAGCUCUAGUUCCAACUCUGCAAGAGCUUUUAAGCAAAUGCAGGACUUGUCUGCAACAGAGAAACUCACUCCAAGAGCAAGAAGCCAAAGAAAGAAAAACUAAAGAUGACGAAGGGGCGACUCCUGUGAAAAGACGGCGCGUUAGCAGUGACGAGGAGCACACUGGAGACGGCUGCAUCAGCGACAUGAAAACGGAAACCAGGGACGUCCUGACCCCAACAAGCACUUCAGACAAUGAGACAAGAGACUCCUCAAUUAUCGAUCCAGGAACUGAGCAAGAUCCUCCUUCCCCUGAAAAUAGUUCUGUUAAAGAGUACCGAAUGGACGUUCCAUCUUCGUUUUCAGAAGACAUAUCAAAUAUCAGGUCACAGCAUGCAGAAGAACAGUCCAGUGAUGGUAGAUUUGAAGACUGUAAAGAAUUUAAAGACCUUCACUGUUCCAAGGAUUCUAACCUAGCUGAGGAAGAAUCAGAGUUCCCUUCUACUUCACUCUCUGCAGUUCUGUCUGACUUAGCUGACUUGAGAAGCUGUGAUGGUCAAGCUUUGCCCUCCCAGGACCCUGAGGCUGCUUUAUCACUCAGUUGUGGCCAUUCCAGAGGACUCUUUAGUCAGAUGCAGCAACAUGACAUUUUAGAUACCCUGUGUAGGACCAUUGAAUCCACAAUCCAUGUGGUCACAAGGAUAUCUGGCAAAGGAAACCAAGCUGCUUCUUGACAUUAGAUGUAGCAUGUCUACUUUUAAGGUUCUCCUUCCCCCAAUGCUGUUUGUAUAAGUUUUGCUUAUUUCUGUUUUUGUGCUUCAGUUUGUCCAGUGCUCUCUGCUUGAAUGGCAAGAUAGAUUUAUAGGCUUAAUUCUUGGUCAGGCAGAACUCCAGAUAAAAAAAUUUGCAUUUCUAUCUUCAAUAUACUUCCUAAAGGGCAAUCAGAUAGUGGGUAUGUUUUAUGUAAUGAAGAGUUCACUGUAGUGGCUUUCAUUUAAUACAGCUGUUUGGGAGGAGCAGGGUUCCCUGGCCCUGCACAAUGUAAUUUAAACUUACAGCAUUUUUACUGUGUAUAAUAUGGUGUCCUCUGUGCCAGUUUUGUACCUUAUAAUAGAGGCAGAUUGCCUCUGAUCGCUGUGGUUCUUAUUAUCAAAAUUAAGUUUACUUGUAUACGGAACAACCACAAGAAAUUUGAUUCUGUAAAGAAUCCUCUUUAGCUGUGGCCUGGCAGUAUAUAAAUGGUGCUUUAUUUAACAGAAUACCUGUGGAGGAAAUAAAGCACACUUGAUGUAAAAAUAAUUGUUUUAUUUUUAUUGACAUGACUGAUUGCUAUUCUGUGCACUUAAUUAAACUGAUUGUGAUGACUUUUCA